AAUCAUGGCGGAAAAUCUUGCGUACACGUACGUGAUUGUGGGAGGUGGAAUUGCCGGUGUAACUUGUGCUGAAACGUUGGCCCUUCUACGUCCAAACGACUCAACCGACCGAAUUCUACUGCUAACGGAGUCACCUCUCGUGAAAGCCGUCACGAAUGUGGUUCCUCUUGGGAAAAUUCUUAACCGUUUCGAUGUAGAAGAGAAGAGCACCGGAGAGCUUGCUGCAGCGAACAAUAUCGAUGUAUUGCUCGAUCAAUUGGACUCGAUCGCUAGUGAGGAUCACCUGGUACGAACAACUGCCGGAAGAUGCAUCAGCUACCGAUACCUUUGUCUUUGCACCGGUGCCAGACCAAACAUCAUCGAUAAGGCAAAGGGAAAUGCGAACGUGAUCGGUAUACGGGACACAGAGUCGGUGGAAGAAUUCCGGAAGCGUAUUCACACGGCCACCCGGCUAGUCGUGGUUGGCAAUGGUGGAAUAGCAUCGGAGUUGGUGUACGAGGUGGACGGGUUGGAGGAAGUUCAUUGGGUCAUUAAAGAUCCGUACAUAAGCUCAACGUUUGUAGAUUCCGGAGCGGCCAGCUUUUUCAGGGAGCGACUUAACACGAAAGCUUCUAUGGAUAAGCAAAAGACCAUCUACAAACGAAUGCGCUACACGGAACAGAAUGAGGAAAGCGCCUCAGCAGGGGUCACAAAACGAGGGGCAGCACUGGGACCCGACUGGCAUCGUGCUUUUGACAUUCAGAAACACGGAGAAGCAGGUACCCGGAACGCCAACAAGGUUACCAUUCAUCAUUCGGUGGAAGUGGAGGACAUACAGGAAGUUACAUCCGGACUACAGGUUCGACUUACCGAUGGUACCACUAUUGAGUGUGAUUUUGUAGUGUCCGCCACCGGGGUCGUCCCUGCCACCAGCUGGACCGGGGGUUGCGAUCGUACGUUCAAGCUCGGACCCGAUGGAGGCCUUUUCGUGAACUGGUCGAUGGAGACAUCGAUCGGCGAUGUCUACGCUGCAGGGGAUGUUUGCUACGCAGGAUGGGAACAUGCGUCCCACUGGUUCCAGAUGCGCCUGUGGACCCAGGCACGCCAAAUGGGUGCGAUGGCCGCACGCAGUAUGGCGGCCAAGCGAGACGGGGAAGAAAUUUAUCAGGAUUUCUGCUUCGAAAUGUUCAACCACGUGACGACCCUGUUCGGAUACCAGGUGGUACUUCUGGGGCGCUACAACGGGCAAGGGUUGAACGACAAGUACGAGGUGCUGCUUCGUAUGACGCCCGGGCUGGAGUACAUUAAGUUUGUGCUGGUGGAUGGAAGACUGCAGGGAGCGCUGCUGGUGGGCGAAACGGGGCUGGAGGAAACGUGUGAGAAUUUAAUACUGAACCAGCUGGAUUUGUCGCCGUACGGGGAGGAUCUGCUGGAUCCUAACAUCGAUAUUGAGGAUUAUUUCGAUUGAAACGGUUUGCAACACAUGAGGGCAAAAGUCAAGCGGGAAGAAUAAUGAAAAUAAAUUUGAUUGGAAGUUAAAAAAAAACCCA